GUUCGAUCUUAAAAAAACAUUUAGAAUUCAAGUUCCUAUAUGGUUACUAGUAAUAAUGGUUAUAUUUGGAUGAUAAGUUAUGAUCCUUACAGAUUCCAGCCCGACGGCGAAGUUUUUCUUUAUCGAGAGACGAUGGAGUAUGGAAUAAAACUUACAAUGUGAAAAACGGGAAGACAAACGUAAGAAAUCAUGGGGGUCAGUAUCGAGCAAUGGCGAUGUGCCAUUGGUUCAUUCCAUCCACGCCAUUUGAACACAGGACGCAUAGCUAUCGUUCAGGUACAAGGUAAACCACCAGAACCACCUGACCUUGAGAAGAGCCCAGAGGGAAGGGAAAAUAGAAUUGGUGACCCAUAUAGUCAUGGUAAAAUAAUCACUUGGAUACGGGCAUUGAGGAUCGACCCCCAAUUGUUAGUAGUCAUCGCAUUUCUGCUGUUGAUUGGAGGUGUAGAGGCCAAUCCAGGGCCCUUGACACCUGAUAGUGAUAAAGGAACAGAGUUAAAUGACCUUCGUGACAAGAUUCAGGGUAAACUAAAAUACAUGGACGAGUCGAUGACAAGAUUGAAGAAUAAAGUGCAAAUGCCAAUAUCUGCUGGUACACAGGAAAUAUCCUCUGUCAAUGAUGACGUUCAAAUGGAUAGUGAUUCUGAUAAUGAAACUGGAAUCGAGCCCUGUGAAACGGAUGAAGAUGUUCAAAAACUAAACCGUUUGCUGGAAAGACUAGUGGACAUAGAGAAAAAGAUAAAAGUAGAAUGCAAUGGGGACGGAUAUGAAACUGAUGCCACCAUCACAACGGAUGUAAUUCCAAAUAAGAAGAGACGAUUAGACAAACUAAAAGUGACGAGUAGCAAAAUCACACGGUCCAAGAAACUGCUUGAAGAACUGGAUGAUACAUUGGAGAUUAUACGGCAGUUUGAAACCAACUUAACGUCAGAUGGAUCCAUCGGAAAGACAGAAUCAUUGUCACCCUCCACGGUAGAACAAGUAAAAGCUUUUCUUCACGAACAUGUCACUGAUACAGCAUGUCAGCCUAGUGUCGAUGAUCGUCUUACUGCUUGCGUGAAGAAACAUGGCUUACAGAUUGUUGAGAAUAACGCUACUGGUGACUGUCUCUUUGAAGCACUUGCACAACAAUUGGAUCACUUGAAUAUCAUAGCACUGGACCACCGUGAACUGAGGAACAACUUAGUGUCGUAUGUUAAGAACAAUUAUAUAAUGCCAAAUAAAGAGCAUGUGAUGACACUUUUUGAUGACAAAUCUAAUGAGGAAUUGAAAAACUACAUGUUUACUAGACCAGACAAUGAUGAGUAUGAUAAUACCGUGCUUUUGUCAUGGUACACCGAGUCAUACAUGAACAAGCCGAGGACCUGGGGUGACACCAUUAUGAUUUGGGCAUGUACGAAGCUGUUCAAUGUAAAUGUAAAAAUAUAUACAGCAGGACACGAUGAACCAUACACAUUAGUACCAACAGAAGAUGGAACUAUGAGAGGUGUAAUCAAACUGGGAUACAUAAGCGAGCUUCAUUUUGUUGGAUUGGUGGAAAUAAAAG